GCACUGUGAGUGCCUGUGGGUUUUCUGGCUUCUGUUAUUGGUGGCUUUUUGUCAGUAGACAGGAAAUGCAAGAGUGAUCUUCUGCAGAUAUAUAUUCAUAUUUAGUUGAUUUUAGUUACAGGAAAGCGGAAGGUAAAGAGAAUUUUUUCACAACUUGCUGCCCACACAAGCAGAUAAGAAAAGAAUGCAUUAGCGGUGAUGUAUAGUAUAUAAAUGGCCAGGGUUUUUUUUACCGCUCUUUUGACCAGUGAAGUUGAAGCAUUAAACUUCCUCUUGAAUCAUGCAGGCAAACAGAGGGGUCACAUUGAUCUUGCUGAGUCUAAUGACAAGACUGGGGAGCCCAAAGAAUGUACUGACUCUGCAGCCUAACUGGCCCCUGUUCUUCACUGGAGAGACCGUCACUCUCAGGUGUUUGGGACGGCCAUUCAAACAUCAUGGAUUCGUGUGGAACAGAUAUGAAUCAAAUAUUAUCGUGACAAAGCACAUAUCCCAAGAAAACAUCUACACCAUCGCACCUGUUACUGAAGCCCACAGUGGUGUAUAUAGCUGUGCUGCUGAAUCCACGAGUGAUCCUGUCAGACUGAACGUGUCAGCACUGCCUAAAGCCACUCUAACGGUAGAGCCAAAAUGGCGCCCACUGUACAAUGGAGAGACUGUCACCCUGAGUUGUGAGGUGGACUCCGACAGCAACUGGAUAUAUUCCUGGUACAAAGACCAGGCCCAGAUGGCUGUGCCUCAGACUGCUGGUCACAGUGUAACUGGUAACAGACUCAACAUCCCUGGUGCAGCUGGGACUGACCAGGGGCAGUACUGGUGUGAGGGAAGGCUGGAGGGGAGAAAUGUGACAUCACAGCGCAGCAACUCCAUCACUGUUGCAGCCCUGCCUAAGGCCACUCUGAUCGUGAAGCCAAAAUGGCGCCCACUGUACAAUGGAGAGACCGUCACACUGAGCUGUGAGGUGGACUCCUACAGCAACUGGACACAUUUCUGGUACAGAGACCAUAACCAGACAGCCACAUCUCUCUCUAAAGAGUACAGUGUAAACAUCACUGGGGCUGCUGGGUCUGACCAGGGGCAGUACUGGUGUGAGGGGAGGCUGGAGGGGAGAAAUGUGACAUCACAGCGCAGCGACUCCAUCACUCUGACUGUUGCAGUGCUGAGUCUAAUGACAAGACUGGGGAGCCCAAAGGAUGUACUGACUCUGCAGCCUAACUGGCCCCUGUUCUUCACUGGAGAGACCGUCACUCUCACGUGUUCGGGACGGCCAUACAAACAUUAUGGAUUCUCAUGGUCCAGAUAUGAAUCAAAUAUUUGGACGCUAAAGCACGCAUCCCAGGAUAACAUCUACACCAUCACACCUGUUACUGAAGCCCACAGUGGUGUAUACAAGUGUUCCGCUGAAUCCGAAAGUGAUCCUGUCAGACUGAACGUGUCAGCCCUGCCUAAAGCCACUCUGACUGUAGAGCCAAAAUGGCGCCCACUGUACAAUGGAGAGACCGUCACCCUGAAGUGUGAGGUGGACUCCUACAGCAACGGGAUAUAUUCCUGGUACAAAGAACAGGCCCAGAUGGCUGUGUCUCAGACUGCUGGCCACAGUGUAACUGGCAACAGACUCACCAUCUCUGGUGCUGCUGGGUCUGACCAGGGGCAGUACUGGUGUGAGGGGAGGCUGGAGGGGAGAAAAGUGACAUCACAGCGCAGCGACUCCAUCACUCUGACUGUUGCAGCCCUGCCUAAAGCCACUCUGACUGUAGAGCCAAAAUGGCGCCCACUGUACAAUGGAGAGGCCGUCACCCUGAAGUGUGAGGUGGACUCCUACAGCAACUGGAUAUUUUCCUGGUACAAAGACCAGGCCCAGAUGGCUGUGUCUCAGACUGCUGGCCACAGUGUGACUGGUAACAGACUCACCAUCCCUGGUGCUGCUGGGUCUGACCAGGGGCAGUACUGGUGUGAGGGGAGGCUGGAGGAGAGAAAAGUGACAUCACAGCGGAGCGACUCCAUCAAUCUGACUGUUGCAG